AUGUCUGCUACGUGGAUCCCCAAAGCUGAGUGGUUUAGACCACUAGAUGAAAAUCUAACGUGUGGCCCGAUUUUAAGACUAUUAGGUACUCUAGAAAAUAAUUCAAGUAGCUACAGAGCUUCAAUGUUAAUUGUUACGUCAACAGAAUUCUCAACCACCGAAGGCUAUUCCCUCAUGCCUCCCGAAGUCAAUUUCAACUUAGGUCCUUUAUAUCCUCCACAAAAUUCUGCUUAUGCUAGUGAUAUUGAAGUCUUAACUGGUUCCUUUCCCUCAACUUUGUUCUACCAAGAGAAAAAUUUCUUAUUCUGGAGAUAUGAGAUCAAUUUAAAUCUAGUGGAUUUCCAACAAAAAUGUAAAUAUUUCAUCAAUGGCCAAACUAAACCUGAAUAUGAAUUCUUCCUUCCAAAUAUUAAUCAAUCAAUGAACAUCUUAUCAUUCUCUUGUAAUGGGUUCUCAUUCAAAACUGAUACUUCCACUUACAAAGGCACUCUAUGGUAUGAUUUACUCAAAAAACAUCAAUCUUUACACUACCACGUAAUGAUUGGUGGUGGUGAUCAAAUCUAUUGUGAUGCAGUUAAGGAAAAAAAUGUAUUGUAUAAAAGCUACCUUGAAGCCGAUACCCAAGAACGUAAAGAAAAAAUCAUGGGUCAGGAAGAUUUAGAAUCCUUCAAUCAGUUUUAUUUGGAACAUUAUUUGGAUUGGUUUGGUGAUGGUUUUCUUUAUGGUACUAAAGAUCCAACCUGGAUCAAGUUAUUCCCAAAGGCAAUGUCCUCUAUUCCAUCGGUCAAUAUCUUCGAUGACCAUGAUAUUAUCGACGGCUUUGGUUCAUAUAAUACCCAAACUAAUGGCUCUCCUAUGUUUAGAGGUUUAGGCGAAAGUGCUUACAAAUAUUAUCUAAUCUUUCAACACCACACUUCCCCAAUGGAACAAUUGCAUACAGAAAGUAGUUGGAUCAUUGGGAGAAAAAUCGGUCCUUAUAUUCAUCAAUAUUCUCACUCCGUUUAUGUUCGUUUGGGCAAGAAAAUUGCGGUUUUAGGUUUGGAUUGCAGAACGGAAAGAACUGUUGAAGAAAUUGUUUUUCAGGAUACUUAUGAUUUGAUUUUCGAAAGAUUGCAAUACGAGAUUAAUCAAUCAAAUGGCGAAAUUAAACACAUUUUGCUACUAUUGGGUGUCCCAAUUAUGUACCCAAGAUUGGUCUUUUUAGAAACUUUGCUCUCACAUCAAGUAACUAAAACUAUUGGCGGGUUUUUACAAAGUUGGAAUCUCGGUGGAGGUAUCUUUCAAGUAUUUGAUGGAGAAGUUGAAAUAUUGGAUGACUUGAACGAUCAUUGGUGUUCAGAUAAUCAUAAAGCCGAAAGAAACAAAUUUUUACAAAGACUUCAGUUAUUCCAAGCAAAUAAUGGAGUUAGAAUAACAAUUUUAAGUGGAGAUGUUCAUUUAUGUGCAAUUGGUAGGUUUCAAGCAAAGAGUUCCAAGAUUUCUUCUAUUCCACAACAAGAUCCAUAUUUCAUGAUCAAUUUGAUUUCAUCCGCUAUUGUUAAUGUUCCACCACCAGCAGCGGUACCUAAAAUGUUAUUUAAUUGCCAAAGGAAUAAUGUCCAUUCAUUUGGAGAUCGUACUGAUGAAGAUAUGGUACCAAUUUUCAAAAAAGAUAUUGAUUUAGGGUAUGAUAAUACACAAGUCGAUUCUCAAUAUUUACCAAGAAGAAAUUACUCUACAAUAGUUCCAAUUGAAAACGAUGAGAACUAUCAAUUAAUCGGUCGUUCAAAGAUUCCUGGACCUAUUAAAUACGAAGAUAAGUUGACAGUAUAUGACAAAGAACCCAAGUUGGAUAAAAAAAGAAGAGAGUUUUUGUAUCCAGUUGAUGAAGAUGGGUUAGCAUGUACUCUAUAUGUUGAAAAGGAUAUUACAAACGAAGAAGCAGAAACUGUGGCAUAUGAAAUGAUUGUCCCACCAUUAAAAGUUCGUGUUGAUGAAUUAGAUCAAUCUGGUAUUAAAUAUCUUGAUUAA